AUGUUAGUUGGAGUGCUGACUUUUCCGGCUGGCUGGGAUAGUGAAGUGGUAAGGGAAGUCUGUGGUCCAGAAGCAACCGACUUCAACCCUGGUCAAUGUGACCUCCGUUGGGCCUACAUUUUGGCAAUCAUUGGAGUUUGUGAUUGUACUGUACUAGCAAUUCUCGCCUUCGUACUGGGGUCUCGUUACGUUCGACUGCUUCCAGACCAGUAUAUUUCUAGUAACUCGCCAAAACAAAGAGACACGUCUACCAAUUACAUCUCAGACAGGCACUCUCUUACUUCUCGAAAAUCUAACAACCUGGAACCUCCGAUGCUGGUGCACCCUAUUGGCGACCCGGAACGUUUUUCAGAGUAUUCUCAUCGAACUGGGCGUUCUAAGAGUAGUUGGUCAAGAGAUGACUUUGAAUCGUCAAUCAACAACUACCAGAUGUGAUGUCACUAAUGCGUUAAUAUGAUUUAACCAAUCAAAUUGAUCCAAAACAGUAUUUUGAAAUUGAUACUAACUUUGUAACUUACAGAAUUUCUCAGAAAUUUAAUAAGGUUAUUAUUGUCGCGAUACGAACAACGCUAUUUUUUCCUUUUUUUGUUGUUCAGUUAAACUUUAAUAAUCCUAAACUUCUUAGUUUUAAUUAUUAAGAACUUGAAGACUGAAAAGUUAGUUAGAAG